AUGGCGGCUAAUGACAGCUUCAUUCUGGCGUAUCCGGGCAACCCCCAGCCCGGGGACCUGAUCGAGAUUUUCCGGCCGGCUUAUCAGCACUGGGCUCUGUAUCUGGGGGAUGGGUACAUCGUCAAUGUGGCACCUGUCGAGGAAGGUGCCGCGUCGUCGCUGGCGAGUGCCAAGUCUGUGUUCAGCAGGAAGGCCCUGGUGAAGAUGCAGCUCCUGAAGGAUGUGGUGGGGAGCGACACGUACAGAAUCAACAACAAGUACGACGACGUCUACGCGCCGCUGCCCGUGGAGGAGAUCAUCCGGCGCUCGGAGUUCCUCAUCGGCCAGGAGGUGUCCUACGACCUCCUCGGCAACAACUGCGAGCACUUUGUGACACUGCUGCGCUACGGGGAGGGGGUCUCCGAGCAGGCCAACAGAGCAAUCAGUGCCAUUGGGUUUGUAACAGCUGCGGCUGGUGCUGUCUCAUUGCUGGGCUUUUUCCAGAACAGAUCCAGGGAGCGGCAUUAUUAA